AUGCCUCAAGAAGAGUCAACUGUUGUCAAAUGUAAAAUCUAUCGUCCCGAAGACGUCGACAACAUAUGGGAAAGACAGGGAUUCAAAAAAGGAGAGAUAGAAGAAAGAGUGAAGGCUGUCGUGAUGCUCCGUGGGGAAACUCUUCCGAACAGUUACAAGAUGAUUGUAGAAGCCAUUUACGAGUUUCCAAAGAAAGAUAAAGCUGCUCAGCUUGGUUUAGUGAACCGCCAUGGACUGAUAACACGUGUUCACUAUGCCAGUCCAUUCAAGGGAACUCUUCAACCAGGAGAUGUCAUUCUUCAAGUGAACAACACUAACGUUUCGUUUGAUGACCGUGCUGCAGUGGCUGAGGACAAAACUGGAAGUCUGCAAAGCAAAGUGAAAGCACCCGAGAAAAAAUCAGGAGAAAAAAAGGACAGACCAGCUUCUCUGUCAUCAGGCUAUCCAGAUUUCAAAUCAGUUGUUUCAAAAGUCAUGAGUUCCAAAACAGAAUCGAAAGUUACCAUUACUGUUGCAAGACUGAAAAACCGAGUGGGUACUUUCAAGUGUCCAGCUGGUAUCGUCGCUACUCCUGGCUAUCAAAUGGAUAUGGCUCUUGUCUAUCAAUACAAAUAUCUGAAGCUUGGUCUCAACAUGCAACAAACUGGUCCAAAAGUAGUUGUCAACUACACCGUUCCAGAUACAGUUACCCACAUCAGUUUGAAUAUUGGAGAAGCAAUUCUGGCUGUCGAUGAACAUUCUGUAAGCAAUUUGGAAGAAGUUCGUCAACGUAUUCUGGAUGGUUGUAAUACAAACGGAUGGGUUCGAUUAAUAGUGGAAUAUCCGAAUACUGAUCCAAUAAGGAAUUUAGUCAGAGGGCAGUUGGCAACAGCUUCAAAAGCCACUGAUCGUCCACCGUAUUAUAUGUGUGGAGAUGUCAGAAAAUACUGUGAUGAAGGAAUCGAGGCGUUGAAAAAUGGGAAAGAGUUGGAGUCAGUUUUGAAGGAAGCAGAGACAAAAGAAUCGGAUAGAAAAGAGUUGGAAAAGAAGAAAAGUGCAAGAAAAGCUAACAAAAAAGACACAUUGGUGGAAUUCCGUAAAACAACAGAAGAAGUAGGUAUUCCAUCGGAAUGGAACUCGAAACUUUUCGUUGUGCUCCCUCCAUUGAAAACAAAAGAAACAGAAAUGGGAACGGACACCUCGCAGAUGAAAAAGUGA